GGCCAGCUAUCCCAGAGUGCUUCUGUAGACAACAAGGGACGGAAGCUAGUGAUCGCUUGCUUGUCCUGAGGAGAAAAUAAAAGACGCCUUUUAUUUAAAAAAUAAUUUCCUGCUCUGUAAAUAAGGAGGGUUGACGAACGGCAGACUUUUGGGAUUCGGCUGUUGUACUUAGGUUCGGGCGACGAGCGUCGCGGUGGUGUCCGGUCCUCCGGUCACCAUGGUGCAGACGGACAAAGUACCCAGCGGGCCGCAGGAGAACGGCGGCGCCGGAGGUGACUGUUCACCGCCCGCCCAGCUCAGUCCUACCCCCGCCCCUGCUGAGCCCAGUCUCCCCAUCCCCCCACCCGGCGACACGCCGGCCGCCGCCUCCGCCGAGCCCGGUGCCGCUCCCGACCCGACCAUCGGCAACGGCACACUCGAUAAUCGUCCUCCGCCCCAGCGGCCGGAGCCUCCCGGAGGCAAGAGGAAGUUCCUCUGCGGUGUCGUGGAAGGUUUUUAUGGGCGCCCAUGGAGCAUGGAACAGAGAAAGGAACUGUUCAGAAGAAUGCGCAAGUGGGGAUUGAACACGUACCUAUAUGCACCAAAGGAUGACUAUAAGCACAGAAUGUUCUGGCGGGAGAUGUACUCUGUUGAAGAAGCAGAACAAUUGAUGCAGUUAAUCACUUCAGCAAAAGAGCACAAUAUUGAGUUUGUUUAUGCUAUAUCACCUGGAUUGGAUAUCACGUUCUCAAAUCAGAAGGAGGUUGCAACUCUUAAGCGCAAAUUGGAUCAGGUGUCACAGUUUGGGUGCAAGUCCUUUGCACUGUUAUUUGAUGACAUUGACCACAAUAUGUGUCCAGCAGAUAAAGAGGUCUUCAGUUCAUUUGCACAUGCGCAACUUUCUGUUACUAAUGAGAUCUAUCAGUAUUUGGGAGAGCCAGAGCACUUUCUGUUCUGUCCAACUGAGUACUGUGGAACUUUUUGCUACCCCAAUGUUGCUCAAUCUCCAUACCUCAGGACUGUUGGAGAAAAACUUCUUCCUGGCAUUGAUGUAUUGUGGACAGGUCCAAAAGUAGUGUCAAAAGAUAUCUCUGUGGAAUCCAUCGAGGAAGUCACCAAAAUCUUGAAAAGAUCUCCUCUCAUCUGGGAUAACCUGCAUGCCAAUGAUUACGAUCAGAAGCGCCUCUUCCUUGGUCCAUACAAGGGGAGGUCAACUGAGCUCAUUCCGCGGCUGAAAGGAGUAUUGACAAACCCUAACUGUGAAUUUGAAGGGAACUUUGUUGCGAUUCACACACUAGCUACGUGGUACAAAUCCAACAUGAAUGGUGUGAGGAAGGACGUUGUAAUGACUGACACGGAAGAGAGCACUGUAUCCAUUCAGAUCAAACUUGAAAAUGAAGGCAGUGAUGAGGAGAUAGAGACAGAUGUCCUGUACAGUCCUCAAGUGGCUUUGAAGAUGGCCAUAUCAGAAUGGAUGCAGGAAUUUGGAGUGCCACAUCAGUAUAACUGCCGAACCAUCCCUCACAGUGGUGCAAAGACAAACACAAUUGAUGUGGGAGGGAUUGACAGACCUUGUCUUAACUCCUCUACAACUGUCACCACAGUCUACCAGCAGCCCAUCAUGAGUCAGGGGAGUCCACUGAGUGGUGAGCCAGCCUUACUGGCCAAGGAAGAGGAGGAGAAGAAACAGCAGUCUGAUGAAGAGCCAAUGGAGAUGGCAGUAGAGAAGCCAGAUGAGCAAGAAACCAAAAAUGUUAAUCAGAUCCUCACGGACAUUGUUAAGGCCAAAAUGUCUGAGGAUCUCAAACCUAUGGAGAUGGACAAAGACAGUAUUGCUGAAUCGAAGUCUCCUGAGAUCUUUAUGCAGGAAGACUCAGGAAGUGACAUAGCACCAAUGCAGACUGAUGAACAGACAAACAAAGAGCAGUAUAUCCCAGGUCCCAAUGAAAAGCCACUCUACACUGCUGAAGCUGUGACUUUGGAAGAUUUGAACCUCUUGGCUGAGAUGUUCUAUCUGCCUUACGAGCAUGGACCCAAAGCUGUUCAAAUGCUGAGGGAAUUCCAGUGGCUUCGGGCGAACAGUAGUGUUGUCAGUGUGAACUGUAAAGGAAAAGAUGCCGAGAAGAUUGAGAAAUGGCAUAUCAGAGCCACCAAGUUUGAAGAAAUGUGCUGCAACGUAAUGCAGAUGUUUACACGUCUUGCCAACUGUGAAAACAGAUCCAUUCUUUAUGAUCUGUACCCCUAUGUCUGGGAUAUAAAGGGUGUUGUGUCUAUGGUGAAAUCCUUUGUCCAGUGGUUAGAUGGAAGAAUCCUCAGCACAAGUUACUACAGCUGUGGGAUCGACAACGCCAGAUGGUGUCGUAGUCAAUCUUCAGCACAGUUCUUGAGUGGCGACCAAGAACCCUGGGCCUUUAGAGGUGGUCUAGCAGGAGAGUUUCAGCGUUUAUUGCCCAUUGAUGGGGCAAAUGAUCUCUUCUACCAGCCUCCACCCCCCAUGCCAACCUCAAAAGUCUAUGCGAUCAGGCCAUACUUUCCAAAAGAUGAGGCCUCUGUGUAUAAAAUCUGUAAGGAGAUGUAUGAUGAUGAAAUGGACGGUGACACAAUGUGUGAUCAGCCAGAUAUCAUCGGUGACAGUUUGGUGGGCGGACUUCUCACACUGAGCCCAGAUUACUGCUUCGUGUUGGAAGAUGAGGGCAGUAUAUGUGGCUAUGCCCUUGGCACGGUGGAUGUGAAACCAUAUGCUAGAAAGUGUAAAGUUUCCUGGAUACCUGCUAUGCGGGAGAAAUAUGUUAAACCAGAAACUAAUAAAGAACUCUCAGAACAACAGAAAAUGAUGCUGAGCUUCCAUGAAGAGCAGCAAGGAUUGCCAGAAAACUUCCUCGCCACCUUUCCCUCGCUAAUUAAAGUGGAUGUCCACUCGAAGGUGACAGACCCAAGUGUGGCUAAAAGUAUGAUGGGCUGUUUGCUUUCUUCCUUAAAAGCCAAUGGAUCUCGAGGAGCGUUCUGUGAAGUAAGACCCAACGACAGGCGUGGUUUGGAGUUCUACAGCAAACUGGGCUUCCUGGAGUUGGCCAGGAUGGAGGGAUUUCCGAAAGAGAUGUUGGUGCUGGGAAGGAAUUUGUAACGGGCAGCCUCU